AUGAGAAUCCAAUAUUUACAAAUUCGAAUUGCUGCCAAUGCUACACUGGAUCAACGUGUCUACAACAAACCAUCGAUAGAUCAAAUUGCUGCAAUUUGGGUAGAUGGAAACAAUCCAAAUGUACCAUUCGAUAGAGAGAUUAUUGUUCAUGAGCAUUCCGGCAACAAACAUAGAGUCAAACAUUAUUAUGGUUGCUAUGACCCACUCCAAUAUCCUCUGCUUUUUCCAAAUGGAGAGGUUGGCUGGCACCAAGGAAUACACAAAUAUAAAUCAAAAAGAGGUGCAAGUACAUCUGAAGUUGCCAAUGUAAACCAGAAUGUCCCAACAUACACGUCCGCUAAUGAGGUGUUUCACAAAGAGGAGCAAGGGGUACGUCAUGAAUCUAAAUCAUGUGUGUCUUGUAGAGAGUAUUAUUGCUACAAAUUUCAAAUACGCAAAGGAGAAAAGACAAUACUACUAUUGUGCGGACGGUUAUUGCAGCAAUUUGUGGUUGACAUGUACAUCAAGUUAGAAACAAUAAGACUUGAAUUCUUUAGAUUACAGCAAGCAUUACUUAGAAGGGAAAUAUUACAAGGUAUAGUUGAUAGUAUCAUGGCUGGAGAAUAUAGAGGAGAUAAAGUUGGUCAAAGAGUAAUAUUGCCGGCAUCAUUCAUCGGAGGCCCUAGAGAUAUGCGCCGUAGGUAUAUGGAUGCAAUGGCUUUGGUUCAACGUUUUGGAAAACCAGAUUUAUUUAUCACAAUGACAUGUAAUCCCGAUUGGGUGGAGAUCCAGGAAAAUCUAUGUGAAGGACAACUUGCACAAGAUAGACCAGACUUAGUGACUAGAGUUUUUAGGGCAAAAUUACAAGAUUUAAAGGAUCAGAUUUUUAAGAAAAAAAUAUUUGGUCCUGUUGCGGCACAUGUCUUCGUGGUUGAAUUUCAAAAAAGAGGCCUACCACACAUACACCUUUUGAUAAUACUUGAACAAGGGUACAAGAUAACAUUAGCAGACCAAUAUGACAAGUUUAUUUCUGCGGAACUUCCUGAUGAAGAAGAAUAUCCACUCUUGCAUGACUUAGUUGUCAAGCAUAUGAUGCAUGGUCCAUGUGGAAAACAUCGUCCAACAAAUUCAUGCAUGAAGGAUGAUGAUGGAGAAAAAGUAGUUGAUGAAAUCCAAAAUUUUCAAGACGCACGUUGGGUAUCUCCGCCAGAAGCACUAUGGAGAAUUUAUGAAUUCAAUCUCAGUGAAAUGCAACCUCCUGUCAUUAACCUUCAACUACAUCUCCCGGAUAGACAAACAGUGUGCUAUUGGAGCAAGCAAAAUUUGCAAAAUGUGAUUGCGUGGGAAUAUGCGACGCUAACCAUGCUCACGGAGUAUUUUCGGACAUGCUCGAGGGAUACUGAAGCACGACAAUACCUAUACAAAGAAUUUCCAGAGUAUUAUGUGUGGAACUCACAGGGAAAGAUAUGGACAAAAAGAAAAACAAGAUCAGUUAUUGGUCGAAUUGCUACUGCUAAUCCUAGAGAAGGCGAAAGGUAUUAUUUGAGAUUAUUGUUGAAUCACGUCAGAGGACCCUUAUCAUUUAAAGACUUGCUAACUGUUAAUGGAAGAGAGUGUGAAACAUUCAAAGAAGCUGCAAAGGAAAGAG